UACCUGGCAAGACUGUUUCAGGGAGCGCAAGCAGCCUUCCUCCCUGCGCGUUCAGCCUGGCAACACUAUUUACGUUUAGGCAGUAAACACUAUUUUAUCUAAGAUUCUUGUAUUUAUCAUCGGCAGACAGAGCCUCGCGUAGGUGGUCUGUGAGGGUCGUGUUCCGGGAAGUGUAAAUCGCUGGUAUAUUAAUAUCCGCAGCAAGUUAGAAGGAAAUAAUAGAACAUCGAUAAACACGGUUUGUCGUGCCAUCGUUUCUCAUCACGGCCACGAGGAUAAACACGCCCGGCGACACGGCGUUUCUUCAUGGGGAAGAUUUAAUGACAAGGAAGUUGCGGGCGCCGACGAAAAUAAGGAAAGGAUUUGCAGAGCGGUAAGACAGAAAAAAAUCAGAAGCGGGAAGAGAAAUGGGGAUGGAGAUGGGAAACGACUAGGAACCGACGGGUAAAGAAAUGUGAAAUGAAGAUGAAACUGUUUGAGAAAAUCAGUGAAUGCGAUUGCGAAGCGAAAAAAAGUGUCUGAGGAGCAAUUUGUUGAUCAACUAUGAUAAAACGUGGACACAUCCCAAAGAAAACAGCGGGAUUCAGUUGGGGAAUUAUCAAGAAAUAAAAGUUGUAAACAGAUCGAAUGAAGAUGACGGAAGCCGAGUGACGCGAUUUGAAGCGUCGUGGCAUGUUCCCAAGAGCGAAGGUUCACACGAGAACAGUGUAGGCGUCCGCCCACCGUCUCGCGUGGGCGCGAACUACCUCUUAGGCGCGGCUCCACUGUUCGUAGACAAUAGUUGGCCGCUUUAGAACUUCUGUUGCCUCAUUAUGACGUUAAGAGGUUCUGGGAUAAAGGGCGACUGGGGUUAUCUUCACUGCGCGGUGUCAGGGCUCGCAAAACACGUGGCCAACGCAAGCCUGCUCUCCCGUGGCUGGGUCUUAUUACCUUCUCUGUGUACGAAUGGGUGCACAGUGCGGGCACACAGACAACUAUGGCCACGAGAGGAGUCUGGGAUGACUUACACACUGCAUGGUAACGGCCAAGCCGGAGAGGAUAACAGCUAUGAGAGCAGGAGGGAAGAUUUGGCGUCGCCGUCUGGCCAAGUGUCACCCCAUAGUCCCCUUGGCAGGAUCGCUCGUGCUGACGUCGUUUUUUGUGCUGAUCCUCAACAGACAUCCCAGCCUAAGCCAAAGAUCCACAAAUAACUCGAAAGAAGAACUACUGCAGGUGAGUUACCCUGAACUUUUGCACCGCCUGCGAGGACCGCUGAGUGCCGAUGAUCCACAGGUGGUGUCCGAGCUGUUUAGCCGCCAUCUGCGGCCUCCUUCUACGUUGCCUUAUAACCUCACUGGCUCCUCCGACCUAGGGAUAAGGAAGUUCAGCUGGCCGUUCAUUCAUAAAUAUGUGAAGCACUUCCUUGGCGAGCAGAAACACGGGUUCUUCGUGGAGGCCGGAGCUCUGAACGGGGAGCUGCUGUCCAACACCCUGUGGCUGGAGCGCAGCAACAACUGGACGGGGCUGCUAGUGGAGCCAACGGCCGUGACUUUCCGCUACCUCGUCUGGAAAAGACGACGCGCCUGGACCUCUAACACUUGCCUGUCAACCACGACGUACCCGCGACAGGCGGUCUUCGAGGCGACGGCGCAGAAGAAGGGCGAAAUAGCCUACCCUUGGUUCUACCGAGCAGAAAACUUCGAAAUCAACCCUGCAGGCGCUGGGAACUUCGAUUGGCUGAUGGGAUCGUGGACCCAGGAGUACACUGUGGCGCAAUGCUUUCCCCUGUGGUCGUACCUGCUCGCCCUCAACACGACGACGGUGGACUUCCUUUCUCUGGACACCCAAGGGGGCGAGCGGGACAUCCUGAAAACGAUUCCCUUCGAUAAAGUGAAAAUAAGGGCGAUGGUUGUCGAGCAUUACAUAAGCAGACAGCAAGGCAAGUACGACCCGAGCUUCGUUAGCUACAUGGAAGGGGUCGGGUACCUUCUUGUAGACUGCGACCAGGACCCUAAUUACUUCUUUAUUCUCGAGAGCGAUGUAAAACUUUACCAGAAACUGAAGCUCUUAAAUGAUACUGACAUCGGUGUUUCUUGUAAGAAAAAACUGGCUUGACGGAAAAUAUAAUAGUGAAAAUGUAUAAUGUAUAUAAUGUAUACACGUUUCUAAUCUCAAUGUAUUAAGACCUAAAAAGGGUAUUGAUGAAUGAAUAAAUGAUCCUCGUGGAGGGACUACCAUGUACUAAAUGUCUGUACUUUAACAUAUUUAUGACCAGUAAAAUCACUUGUUACAUCAUUGUGGCUCCCGGCCAGCACCCCCUGUUGAUGCCAUGUAAACGAACGAUUCAUAAACACAAUAAAACA